AUGUCGCAACGAGCUUUCCUCGCCAUUCCACGCGCCCUGCGCACCUCGGCCCAGAUCUCCGCUCUACGACCGAGUCUCGCCUCCUCUUCAUCAACCAUCAGACCUGCCGCCGCCGGCUUACAGCAGAGACGGGGUUAUCACGAGAAGGUCCUGGAUCAUUACUCGAAUCCCAGAAAUGUCGGUUCGAUGGAUAAGAAGGCGGUGGACGUUGGUACAGGUCUCGUCGGUGCACCAGCCUGCGGUGAUGUGAUGAAACUCCAAAUCAAGGUCGACCCCGAGACGCAAACGAUCGCAGAUGUCAAGUUCAAGACUUUUGGCUGCGGCUCCGCCAUCGCUUCCUCAUCAUAUCUCACCGAGCUUGUGAGAGGAAUGACGUUGGAGCAGGCAGGCAAGAUCCGCAACACUGAGAUUGCGAAGGAGCUGUGCUUGCCUCCAGUAAAGCUACAUUGUUCCAUGCUGGCGGAGGAUGCCAUCAAGUCUGCCAUCGGGGACUAUUACAAGAAGAACCCGAAGGCGAAGACGACUGAUCUGGGUGCUGGCUCGCAAGGAAUGCCCAAGAUCGAAAUCGAAACAGUGACCACAACCACAGAUACAGGAGCGAGCGCAACGGCAUGA